GUUUAUUUCCUUCAACUCUGACCUCUAAGCUUGUGCUUGGCCGCAUCGCCGAGGAAUAAUAAUAAUAAAAUACAAGAAUUGUACCUGAUGUCACGGCUUUGUUUAGUAAUAUAACAACAGCUACUCUUCGUAUUUGGCAGUAUACGUGAGCGUUAGUCUGUCGGAUAACUCCGCUAAAGUUCUAUUUAUGCUGUUUUCGGUACCACCGGGAUGUGUUUUGCUACUUUGCUAACUAGUUAGCCUGCAACGCGCUGUCAUCGCUGAUAAUGGACGCGACAAAGUUUCGAGGAACUAUGGCUAAUGUCACGGAUCUGCAGACCAAAUACAGCAGGUUGGCACAGGAGUACUCCAAGCUUCGUGCCCAGAACCAGGUGCUGAAGAAGGCAGUUGUCGAUGAGCAGGCUAAUUCAGCUUCCCUUAAGGAGCAGCUGAAGCAGAGGGAUCAGAGUCUGAGAAAGCAGGACCAGGAGAUGGACAGCCUCAGCUUUCGGAACCAGCAGCUGGCUAAGAGGGUGGAGUUACUGCAAGAGGAGUUGGCUGCCAGUGAAGCUAAGGGGAAAAAGGGGAAGAAUAAAGGAGAUUCUCCUUCACACCAUGCUGUGAGGACACAAAGUGUUUUUGAUGAGGACCUGCAGAAAAAAAUUGAAGAAAACGAGAGGCUUCACAUACAAUUUUACGAGGCAGAUGAGCAGCACAAGCGGCAGGAGGCCGAGAUGAGGGCGCGUCUCGAGGAGUUGGAAAGAGACUCACAGCAUCACCAGACUGUCGUGGAGGGACUCACCACCAAGUACACAGAAACCAUCGAGAGGCUGGAGAGUGACAAGGCGCGAUUGGAGGUCAAAACACAGACUCUGGAGAGGGAGGGAAAAGAUUGCCGAUUGAGAACCGAGGAGUGUCAGCAGCAGUUAAGACGAUGCCAGUCAGAACUCAACAGAGAGCUGAAACAAAGCAGCAGCGUCAUUCAGGAAAAAGUCCCCUUUAAUGACACCAAAUUUAGUGACUACAACAGUCUAAAUGUGCCGGCACACAAUCGAAGACAUCAGCUAAAAGCCCGAGAUGUGGCAGCUCAAGCCUUGAGCUUCAUUCAGGACCUGGUGGCUGGUCUGCUAAACUUCCAUUCAUACACUGAGCAGAGAGUCCACAUCUAUCCACUGGACUCUUCUAUCGAGCCCAUUUCUCCUUUGAAUCAGAAGUUCUCUCAGUAUCUGCACGAGAAUGCGGUGUACGUGCGCCCCCUGGAGGAAAGAUUUAUGCAGUUACACCAAAGUUUCACAGAGGACACAGUCACAGUGCUAGAGACUGUGGACAAGCUGAAGAACUUCAGUGACAAUUUCUCCACGUAUACCCGUUUUCUACAAAAGCUUCUUCCUUAUCAACUAAAAAGCCUAGAGGAGGAGUGCCAGACACCACUAUGCACUGCUGCCCUUUCAGUGAAGAAUCGGGAGCUGCAGAAUGAUGUGAGGAGUGUCACUUCAGUGUUUGACAAACUACAGAACUACAUCAACCUGUUGACUUUACCCAGUGUUCGUCAGGAUGGUAUGCCACAAAGUAGCACCUCUGCAGUCUUCACCCAGCUGGCGGCCUGUUUGCACAGUCUUCAUGAUGUUGUUAAAGAAAUGUCAAAGCACUACAACCAGAAGGCCAGCUUAGAGCAGGAGCUCCCCACGGCCACACAGAAACUCUUCACCACCACUGAGUGUCUGCUGGGCUCCCUGGGCUCGCUGACCAACAGCACGGGCAAGCUUGCCACAUUUUUCAGCAACAACUUGGAUUUUUUCACAUCAUCGAGCUACAGUCCCAGAGGAAGCACAGCAGCACUUAACCCUUUACAUGCCGAGAGUAUGCUUUCCAACAAAAAGAAAGCAGCUGCUUACAUUCACGCGCUUAAAAAGCCCAGGCCACAGUCCGUUCCAUACAGGGAAGCGCUGUCCAAUCGCCGGAUACUCACUAGCUCCACUGAAAGUAGAGAAGGUCUCACUAAACAGGUACAACAAAGUCAGGAAAAGAUUGCACGUCUUGAGCAGGAAAAAGAACACUGGCUCCUGGAAGCUCAGCUGGGGAAGGUGCGGCUGGAAAAGGAGAACCAGCGUAUUUCAGACUUGGAAGCACAGCUCGCCAUGGCUCAGGGGGCAGGUCAGAACUCACGGACAACUGCAGUCAGCACGCUGACACAGAACCACGAGGAAGUGGAGACGGCUCUGAAAACUGCUGCGAAGGAAACUAUGUGCACCAGCUUGGUUGGCAUGUUGUGUACCGUGCCCACAGCUGAGCAUGUGGGAGAUGAGGAGUCCAGGGAGCAGCUGAUAAAGACUCACUACAUGACCAGAGUGGGAGAGCUCACCACUCAGCUGCAGGUGUCAGACAGCAAAGCAGUGCACUUCCACUCUGAGUGUCGCGCUUUGGCUAAGAGAUUGGCCAUUGCAGAGAAAUCACGGGACACUGUCGUCGAGGAGAUGAAAAAGGCCAAUCAGAACAUCACACACCUGCAGGAUGAACUGAGCACGACCAAGAGGAGCUACGAAGACCAGCUGAGCAUGAUGAGUGACCAUUUGUGUAGUAUGAACGAGACAUUGAGCAAACAGAGAGAGGAGAUCGACACGCUCAAACUGGGAAGCAAGGCAAAUGCCAAAAAGAACAAAGGCCGCUAGCGGUGGCCCUCACAUUGGUUCCAUUUGGAUCACAAGAGCACCUUGAAGACACUGUGGAGCCCCCCACCUCCCAUGGCAUCCUGUUACCAAGACCACCAUGUUACCAAAACCAGGUCACACGCAAAGCCUCAGAAUCCUCCACAUUUUACAUUUUGGCAAUACAAACACUCAAGACUGACUGAAGAGGCCUUUUCUUUCCUCAUGACACAGCAUCACGUUAAUAGUGCUGGAGGCUGUUUGACCUUUUGGCCAGAAAUGAAUAGGAGAGAUUCCUUCCAAUUGGAAUGCAGGAAAUGGAUAAAGUUUGCUGACUUGAAGACCAAACCCUGUUGAUCAAGCAGCCAUUCGGUUUUUCCUUGUUGUGGGUAUGUGAGGGGGAAAUGACACUGUUUUUGCUGCUUACUGAACACAAAAUGUCAGUGCGGUUGUUUUACAUGCACAUAUUGUUUCCCGCCUUUAAUGUAUAUAUAUAUAUCGCUUCUAACACCUGCAUAAUCUAAGAAGGGCUUCCAAUGAUCAACCAACCAUUAAACACUUGAAUCCAUCCCUUAUUCUGAGUCCUCUUAAGAGGACAACAAAGUUGUCUGUCGGGAACCACAAACUGAUUGUUUACAUGGAAGUAAAAGUCUACAAUGGACAAGUUGUAGCUUGUAAAGCAUCCUGUACGAGUGUGUGAUCUUACUUUGCAACAGUAGUUUCUUUUUUCCUCUUUUUUUUUUUUUUUUAAAAAGCACCAAAGUAAGUGUGGAGAGGUGCCCUUCUGUUGAGCUAUUGAAGCCUUGUUUUUUUUUUUUUUGUGGUUUGGAAUUAUAAAGCAUAAUUUAUUAUACAUACAAUUAAUAUUUAUAUAUAUAUAUAUAUAUAUAUAUAUAUAUAUAUAUAUAUAUAUAUAUGUGUAUAUAUAUAUAUGUGUAUAUAAUACAUGUUUGAAUCUUAAAAAUCCACACAUACCCUAUACAGAAAGUCUUCAUUCCUGAACGUGCAAAUGUUUCUCACAAAAUAUGAAGUCUGUACCUACUUAUUUUGGGUGUGUCUCAUAAAGUUUGUAUAAUGGGAUGUGUCGUUGCCUGGACUCUUUAACUGGUGCGCAGACAAGCUGAUUCACGCAGCAUGCAAUGUGCAGCUGCAGUUCAGUUCUGGCUUGUUUUGACAUGAUGAGGUCAGUAAGGAAGCCGCUCACUGGUUGCUCAUCAGUCUUCACUUGGGUAACAAAUGUUAGCCAACUGUCCACAUGUUUGAAAGUACUGUACUACUAUCCUCACAGUGUAAUCUUCUCAAAAGCUCACAAUGUGUGUGAGACUCAGAAUAAAGAGCUUUUUGUCUUUAAAAUUA